AUGAGUGAAAUCUCGGAGCAUUCUAAUGCUCGGAGUAACCCUAGUGCUGAUAUAAUCAGCAACCUCCCCAGCGAAUUAAUCCAACACAUCUUGGGAUUGAUGCCCCUGCGUGAUGCAGCCCGGACUUGUGCUUUGUCACGUCAUUGGAGGAAUGUGUGGUUGAAACUUCCAAAACUCGUAUUCGAUCGUACAUUUGGCAGAGUCUACCCCCUAGAUCCUUCGUCAAGGGAGAAAGUGCUGCUGCGCAUAUCUCAGAUAUUACUAGCUCAUGACGGGCCAAUCCUCGAGUUUAAACUCUCUAUUCCCGGGCUGGAGAGCUGUUGGGAAACUGACCAGUUCAUGAAAUCUGUGUCGAGAAAGGGUGUCCAGAAGUUGGUCCUCAAGUUUCCAAGAGGCAAUCGUCACACCUUACAUUCAUCUACUUUCUCGUGUCGGGAAUUAGAGAAGUUAAUUCUUCGUGGUUGUGAUAUCAAACCUCCUCCUUCAUUCAGAGGGUUCAGUAAUCUUGUUCGGCUCAUGUUAAGUGAAAUCACUGUCACUGCUGAUGUGCUUGCGAGGUUCAUUGCCGGAAGUCCUUUCCUGAAAUGUCUUUGUCUAGAUGGUUCUCCUCCUUGCGAUGUUCUUACAGUCAUCUCACCUAAGCUCAAGUGCUUGUUCUGUCACACAUAUUUUGGAACUUCGAUUCGAGUAUUUGCUCCUCGCCUGAUUAAUGUUUCCUUGAUCUCGAACGUGCCAAGGGCGAUGCUUGAAGGAAAACAGACUACAUUGCAAGCUAAAGAUUUUCUCAAGCAUGUUUGUAUACUGGCCUUGGAUCACUACUAUAUGAAGAUGUUAUUGAGAGCUGGCUCAAGCUUUAAGUUUAAGAACCUCAGCGUUCUUUCACUUCAUGGAAUAUACUUUCCAAGUGUCGAUGAGGUCAAAGGCGUUUUGCUAUUCAUUGACGGUUGCCCAACUUUGCGGAAAAUUAAAAUCGCUGUGGCACGGGUUUUUUCCAAUUUCGAAGCUUUGACAAAUCGUGAUACUGUGGAGUUCUUCAAAGGGCUAAAGGAGAAGGAUAUUUCAUCUUGUCAUGUUCGUGAGGUGGAGAUGCUAUACGUAACGGGGUCGUGGCCUGAGUUAGCUUUCAUGCGAAUGCUGUUGAACAAAUUGCUAAUGCUGGAAACUAUGGUUAUCGAGCCUAAUUUCGAGAUAGUUAAUGAUGGAGGACUUUACAUUUUGAAAGAAGUGAGCAAGUUUUCGCGAGUAUCAUCCCGGGCGAUAGUCAAAUUCAAGGAUCAAAAUUGA